AAGAUAGGAAGCUCAGCUCUCGUAGUAGAGUCUGAGGUGAUACGUAGCAACAAGGCCUCCUUAUAAGUAGACAUUUCGUAUCGGCUUGUCUCUUAACUCGACGUUCUAGUCCAACACUCCCCCUCAAGCCAUACGGAGUCCAAGCUCUCGCGCGACAUGCUUCGCCUUCGACGACGGUAAAGCUUUCGUUAGGGUAUCGGCGAUCAUAUCAUCCGUGGGACAAUAUAUCAAUUCGAUCUUUCCCUCUUCAACCGCAUGCAUAUGGCGUAGUAAAGUGUGGUUGCAGAUGAUCACGAGAUGCGACAAGGGUAGACCACGUGACUAAAGUCAAUCUAUAACUUAAAGUCGUACACCCAACCACUUCAACUUGAACCAACUUGAAUUAUCUUUCUUUGUAUCGCACGUUGUAUUUCUAAUUAGCUGGUUGGCUUAUGACUUACGAGCAUGUGCGCUUGUGGGUGGAGGAGGGGGGUAUGAAGGACGUGGAGGACAUCGAUCUCUCCAUCGAACUUGAUAAAUGAUUCAAGAGGCGAGGCAUUGACGAAUUCACCCUCACCUGUUUUCCUGUCGACUGCCGGGACAAGCAAAAGGUUAUCACACCGCACAUUAUGCUGAUUCGCAGACAGCGAAAUGAUCCGAGAGACUUGCCCGAGUCCUGCAAGCGCGUCAGGGAGUUGCCACAGGAUCGUCAAGUGAAGGAGGAGAUUGUGCUUAAGGAGACGGGUCCAACGGACGAGGAUUUGCCCUGGAAGACUAUCAUUGAUCCGUUCGGACACCACCGCUGAUAUGUCAAGCAUCUCAGCAUGAUUGCAAUGGAUAUGUCACUCGAUUCGUCCUUCUGCCAAAUGCAUGAUGCGUUUCUGAAGACCCUAGUCAGCGAGACUCGUUUCUGAUUGGGCGUUAUUGCAGCGGAACAAAACCGAAACGACGACGACACCUUUUGGAAUGGUUCUGCGACUUUUGGUCACACGACGGCACUCACAAGCGCAACCAGCACAAAUUUGGGUUUUUACUGAUGUCAUCACUGUACGAUGCUCAUCAUCCCAAAGGUCCCGGAGGAGGUUUGAAAUCCAUGCGAAGGUAAAAGAAAAUAUGGCCUAGAGUGGAUAGCAGGCUGAAUGAACCCAAGUUCUUUUCGGCCGUCGGUCCCUGCUUCUGGUCAGCCGUUGAUGUGUGAAUUUAGAGUGACAUCAGACCCGAG